UCAGUUUGACUGUGACUCGCUUGGUGCCUGUGUUUGGAUUCUCCUCAGUGAGAAGCAGCUGAUGUGAUAAAGGGCAGCUCGACAUCAAUUUCAAGGUAACUUCCUAUUGAUUCUCUUUUCUUCCGAUUCGGUGUGUGACAGGUCCGGACCCUCUAACCAGGACCAACAGAGCUCAAGAGCACCGUCUUCUGGCGGAAAAAGAAAACACUUAGUGACUCUCAGGGAUUACGCAGUACCAACUUCAUGUAAUCCCUCCCUUUAUUGAAGGAGCUCAGCCUUGCUGUGUGUCAUUUUUCUUUGUACUUGGACAAAUUCAUCACAACUAUGCCAAAAGCAUGUCAACAAAAAGGACUUUCUAGCCACUGACUGCCGGGAGAAUAGAAGUAAAGCAACAUAAAUCAUGGAGGCUUCAAGUUUUGCUCACGCCGGGACUCCCCCCUCUACGCCCAUGUUCACCACCUCCCCCAUUGCCUCUACUCCCGGCUACUUGCAGUUCUUCUGGGAGUACCAGGACAACUCGGUCCUGGUGCAGCACUACAACUACACCGGCAAACUGCAGAAAGACCGCUACCGCGAAGGACUCAAGCCUGAGGGCAUUGCGUUCCUGGUGGUGUGUCUCCUCAUCGUCCUGGAGAACGCUGUGGUUCUCAUCGCCAUUUGGAGGAACAAGAAGUUCCACCUGCCCAUGUAUUACCUGCUGGGCAACCUGACUCUCUCUGAUCUGCUGGCAGGGAUUACAUAUAUGACCAACAUCAUCAUGUCCGGAGCCAAUACUUUGAAACUGACGCCGUUGCUAUGGUUCGUCAGGGAGGGAGGGGUCUUCAUCACUCUGGCUGCCUCUAUUAUUAGUCUGCUGGCCAUUGCAAUUGAACGCCAUGUUACUAUGGUGACCAUGAGGCCAUACCACGGGGCGAAGCGGGGACGGAUGUUGGCACUGAUUGGCGCAAGUUGGGCGUUGGCAGGAUUUUUAGGGGUUCUCCCGAUUUUGGGGUGGAACUGCAUCCGCAGACUGGACCAGUGUUCAACAGUCCUCCCGCUUUACGCCAAGAGCUACAUCCUGUGCUGCGUGUCUGUGUUCAGCGCGGUGCUCCUGGCCAUCGUGGUCCUCUACGCCAGAGUUUUCCGUAUAGUCCGCACCAACACGCAGCGCCAGCGGCUGGGCCUGUCGGGCAGUGUGAGGAAGGGCCUGGCGAGGAAGUCGGAGAAGUACAUCGCCCUCCUCAAGACGGUCACCAUCGUGCUCGGUGUCUUCAUCGCCUGUUGGCUGCCCCUCUUCGUCCUCCUCCUCCUGGAUUUUUUCUGCCCCACCCGCAGCUGUCGCCUGCUCUACAAGGCCGAUUACUUCCUGGGAGUAGCAAUGGUCAACUCGCUCCUCAACCCCAUCAUCUAUACUCUGACCAGUAAGGACAUGAGGAGAGCCAUUCUGAGGCUGCUCUGUCGGCCGUGUCUGAUGACCCGAGAUGGCCAGGUGAAGAAGAUCGGGAUGCCAUUCUUGGAGUGCAGUUUUAGUAAAUCUGAGGUGGCAUCCCAGAAGUUAGAGGGGGGAAUGGAGACGACCAUUUCCUCUGGGAACGUUAUCACCACCCCAUCACCUAUCAAGGCCCUUUACCCCAAACUCUUCAAGUCAUAAAGACUGAAACUGACUGAUGGAGUCCAAGUGUGUGAACGGGUUUCCCCCCCUGUACAGACAACAUGUAGCACAUCUUCCAUGGAGCAGAAGCAAGACUGGUAUUGUCAAAAUGUUUAGCAUUGCCAGAAACAGAGGGUGUAUGAAAUAUUAUAGAGGCUGAAGAGAAUCUUGUUUGGACAAAAGAGUCUCGUGGACGAGUCAGAAGUGGUGCAGAACUUCAUUGUGAGAUGAUUACAAAACAAAAUGCCAUAUGUGAACAAGCAAACACACAUUUCUUGCGAGUAGAUGCUUGGGAUAAGUCGCCUUGACUAAUUUGCACUGAAAUAUCACAAUGAAUGGAGAAGCAGCCUCAUAUUAAAAUGUCCCCCGUGGUUCCACAGUUUGUGUCGGAGCCUGGAAGGAGACGCCUGUAAACUUAAAGUAAUCGUCACAUGUUCUGGGUUAGUGGUGAAUGUUAUUAUUGAAGUGCCUUAAAUGCAGCGCCAAUACGUGUCAUGUGUGUAAACCUGUGCAUCUGCAGACACCUGGAUUUCGCUGGUUCGAAGGCUCACGGUGUGUCCGAUUUGUUUAGGUCAAAUUGUGCGAGGCACCCCUUAACAUUGUGAUGCAGGGAGCGAUAACAGGAAAUAUAAAGAGAAAGAGAGAGAGAGAGAGAUGGCACGCUCUUAACUGUGCUUACAGCUCAGUGAAGAAUGCUGUGGCAUAGCUGUGGGAGGGAGGCAGAACAUUAAAAUCCCCCUCCACUGUUCUGAAAUGACAGGCGGUUAACCUAUCUGAUGCUAAGUAGAAACUCAUUGGUCUUUGGUGUCCGAUGUCUUUAAAUGUCAGUCUGGCAUCUGCAGGAAAACUGCAACAACAAUCUAAACAACCAAAUGUCAUAAUACAAUGUAACGGAGGCUUUCUUUCCAUCAUGACAUGCUGAUUGGUUUAACUGAAACCAAAUCAGCUGUAAAUGCAUCACUUGUAAGUGUAAGCCUGAACAAUAAAGAUAACUUCAAAGAUUUCAACUCCCUAACAAAGUUGUGAAUUUAAUUAAUCAUCAUGCAGCUGCAGGACAUGUAAGGAUACAUAUUGUGCCUGCACUUGUGAGAUAAAUCAGACGGAACCGGUGCAAUUAUUCCAACACAUCCCUUCGCUAUCCAUCAUGUCGACAGAAUAUUUCCGGUUCUAGUUUAAGGUACAGAUUGUUCCUGAUUAUCAAAUUAGUUUGACAUCUUUAUUUUUACACGGAUGUUGUUUUUGGUGCAGUCUUUCCGGACUUUAAUGGAUUAAUGAGGCGGUGUGCUUUUUUUAAUUGUUGUACUGUAACUCAUGUAGUGAACUUUUUGUAUUUCUGAAGACUUUUCAUACCAUCUGUUUUGUAAAUUAUAUGUAUUUUGUAACAAGAAAAAAAAGCUUAGAAAACCAUACCUUUCUUUUCAUAAAAGAAAUAAAAUGUUUUCUUAAAGGAU